UUUGGAAAGCUGUCUGGUGGACGAGCUUCGCAUACUAAAACUCCAACGGCCGUACAACCAUUGAAUACUGAAGAUAGGAGAAGCUUCAUUGGCUCCUCUACCCAACAUCUUGGUCCUACAGAGAAUUCUUUUCCCCCGUCUCUUUACGUACUAACAGAAGGCUCUGUGAAGCCGCUAAUCAAAUCAGGCCAGUUUCCGGGCGUGGAAUUCGUGUCUGUAGAGUAUGCGACUCAUUCGGACAUCAAGGAUGCCUUUCAAAAACUCUACAAGGCCUGUCUACCAAAGGACUCUCGUUCUAGAUUAGCUGCUUUCACUGGCCUGGGUGGAACUACCGGUGCUGGGGGCGCUCCAGCAGGGGGUUCUACGACAGCCGUGGCAUCGACCGCUGUUAGCGGGGAACACGAGCCCACUGAAAAACAUCCCACAACUGAUGCUUCCAAGAGUGCAGAUACUUUCAUAGCCAUCUCAGAAUCGGGGUGGUUGACACAGGUACAAUCGCUGCUGCAGUUGGCUGGUGUCGUAGUAGACAUAAUCGCGUUUCAAGGGGCCAGUGUGGCUGUCUGUCUGGAGGAUGGUUGGGACGCAGUUACUCAGGUUGUUUCACUGGCGCAAGUUAUGAUGGACCCGAUCUACCGAACCAUACGUGGAUUUUGGUCACUGAUAGAGAAGGAAUGGCUUAUGUUUGGCCACUGUUUUAAUCAUCGCGUGGGCCAGAAGUCCUCACGUCGCUCCAAGAAUGUGUCCCCCGUGUUUCUUCAGUUCCUGGACGCUGUGCAUCAACUCCUUUGCCAGUUUCCUCUAUCGUUCGAAUUCAACGACUUCUUCCUUCAGUUUUUGGCCUACCAUCACAUUUCUAAUCGGUUCCAUGAAUUUAAACACGAUUGUGAGUACGAACGUUUGAGCCACUGGUUCAAUCUUUCUAUUUCUGCUCCGAUGCGUCCGGAUCUGCCUGCAGAUGUACAUUAUUCGCACACUGGGAUAGUCCCUUCACCAACGGCCUAUGAGGCCAAUUCGGUUUGGAGCUUUAUUCAAACUCAGCACGAAGAGUGGCCCAUCUUCUUCAACUUCUUCUAUUCUCCAAAACGAGCUCAAAAAACCCUUAUACCGGUGACCAGCUUGAUAUCAUUGGAUAUAUGGAAAUAUUACCUCAACGAGGAUUUGGCCACCGGUCCCGUUUACGAUCUCGAUCUGUUUUGCCCAAGUUAUCGGAAACAAACUACUCGCAACUAUGACCCUGUCCUCCGACAAGGCUAUAACAAUACCCAUGUGGAACAAACCUACGCGCUGCUGGGUUUGCGCGAGGGCGAAGAUGCGGCCGACUUGCCCCUGCUCUCAGAGGAGGCGACUGCUGAUUUUGACCGCAUUUUGCUGCAAUUGCCUCAUGGUACCACGUGCAGAGAUUCCUGCUGUUCUUGUUCACCUCCCAACCCCAGUGGGCAGGCCCCCCUGAACACCACCCUGAAAGCACUGGCGGCGUCAUCGGAGAAAGAGACACCUGCUAAACCACUUGGUCAUGCCUCCCGUUCACCACCUCAUAUAGACCUCGACAAUCCGUCCACCUUCUCUGCUCGGUCGAACUCUAACUUACGCGGUGAG